CUGGGCAAAAUGUCAAUUGGUGAAAACUACCAAGAUAUCUACCGGAAGCUGGAUGGGCAUAAGUUUGGCGGAAUGUUCAAGUUCUCUCAACCAGUGCUGAUUGUUAGAGACCCUGAACUCAUCAAGAACAUACUCGUCAAGGACUUCACCAGUUUUCAUGACAACGAUGUGCAUGUAAACAUUGAUACAGAUCCUAUGUUUGGACGCAACCCUUUCGUUUUGCGUGGUGAGAGGUGGAAGAUAACAAGAUCGCAAUUGAAUCCUGCUUUCACAGCGGCAAAGCUGAAACCGCUGUUUCCUCUGGUCCUGGAGGUGUGUCAGGAACUUACAGAGUACAUCGAAAAGAACGCACAUACAGGUGAAUUCGAAACCAAGGAACUAUGCGCCAGGUUCACGACGAAUGUUGUCGCCAGCUGUGCUUUCGGAAUUCAUGGAAAUGCCAUUUGGAAUCCUGAAAGUGAAUUCCGACGAAUGGGUCGCGAAAUGAUCGAACCAGGUUUCUUACAAAACCUGAAGUUUACGACGCUAUUUCUGAUGCCACUGAUUGCUGAUAUAUUCAAGCUGAGGUAAGACAAGUGUUUAUUUGGAGAGUACUAUUUUCUG